AUGGAAUGCGAUAAAUUAAUGACAAGAAUUAAUAUGAUUAUAAAGAAAAGAGCAGGGCUAGCUAGAACAACUCCCAAUUUUAUAAUUUACGAAAAAGAUAUCUUAGGAGUCAAAUAUAUUUAUGACCUACAGAUGGAAAUGUUGUGCAAGAAUUUGUUAUAUCAAGCAAACGGAAAUAACAAAUUAAAAAUUUUAUUUAAAAUUAAAAUGAUCCAAGAACAGAAAAAUUUUUGGACUUCGAGAUGUCCUGGUGAAUUAGAAAUAACGAAUUAUAGGAAAAAUAAUUGGAUCAUAUCGGCAUUAAAGGCGCUAAAUAACGAAAAAAUAAAAAUUUGCAAUCAUGAAACUAAAGAUUUUAAAGAAAAUCACAGAAUACAAGGAGGAAAGAUAGAUUUAAUAGAAUUACUUGAAGAGAAAGACUUCGUGACAAGUGCACAAUCAAGAAAAUCGAAAAAUAUAAUGUUUCUAGAAGACAUCCUGGAAGCGGAUGGUAUUACGUUAUUAAAAUGGAAGCAUUUAUGUAAGGAACAAGUACUGAACACGAAAGGUAAAACCCCAAAAUGGUUCAAAAAUCUAGAACACAAAUUAAUAGCAGAUGAGAGCGGACAAGUAAGAAGAAUAAAAAAUGAAUUUAUAGGACAAUCACAAAAAGAAAACAUUCACGUAAAUUUAUUUGAUGAAAACGAAAAACAAGAUAAAAGUAGCAUUAUAACUUGGAACGACGAAGGUGAAUACCCGAUAUUUAGUAUAGAUAAAAAAAGAUCGCAGAGCAAAAAAUAUAAAAGAAUAGGUAUACAUUUAAUAUUAGUCGGAGACCAUUACGACCUAAACAAUUCACCUCGAUUAGAAGAAUGCCAAGAAUGCUACAGAAAUAUUAGUAAAAAAAAGGGGAACAACGAAUGUUUAAUAUAUAUAGAAAAUGAAAUCAGCAGAAAAAUGGACAGAAGAAAAGAAGAAGACGAUAUCAAACCUUAUGAAACUUUAAAUAACACUAGGGAAACGGGAACCGUUGUAAGUCCGGAGCAAUAA